CCCCUUCCACGAUUCAGAGAGGCUUAAACCCACCGUCAAGGUAUCUCUUUACAUUAAAUUAUAUGCUUUCGAUUUCUCACUUCUUCGUUUCACCUCCUCCUAUCCGAAUCGAUUUUUUAAUUUGACGGUUUAAUCCAUAGUCGUACUAAAUAACUUCCAUAAACUAGUAACCAUGUCCAAGCCUGCAGCGAUUCCAUUAGCAUUUAGGAUUUCUUCGCGGCCGACACAGUUUCUUUGUCAGCUUAAAGCUCCAAAGCCCGUCUCUGUAUUUGGUGGUUGCCAUUUAAUUCUUGGGUCGAGUAAAAGAAGACCUCUGGAGAAGUUUCUAUCUGUUGGACCCAGAAAUUGUGUGAGAAAUCGUUUCCUCAACUGUUCACUGUCUGGAGGGAGGAGUUUUUCGAGUUCAAGCUUAAACAAUGCGGCUGAAACAAGUGAAAAGCCCCUUCCUUGGUUAGCUGCGUCCGAGGAAAGAGGGGCUCGUCGAAAGGUUGUGAAAAAUGGGGCAAGCAAAGGGGCUAAGUCUUCGUGGGAGGAGUCGGCGGAGAAGUUCUUAAAAGGAGGGGCUUCCACGGCAGAGAAUGUCGAAAUGCCAAAGUUAGAUAGGAAGAGAAAUGGAUUUAGAGGUGGUACUUCCACGGAGGAUAAUGCUGAAAGGCCACAGUUAGAGAACAGGAGAAAUGGAUUCAGGAAUAGAAGUAGUGGUUAUGUCAAGUACGAGGAUGAAGAGGAGGAGGGGGAGGCUGAGGUCGAGAAUGAUUCUAGGUGGUAUAACAUUAGGAAGAGGUAUGCCAACUAUGAUGAAGCAAGGCCAGCACUUGAGAGACCGGAAGUCAGGAGAUGGAACAGAGAAGAAAGUUUUGGUAGAAAGACGUGGAAAGAAGCUAAGGAGUCUACAAUGCCAAGAAUAGUGGGAGAAGGUGUGUAUGGAGUUGGUCCUGUUUUGGCUGCUCUUUCAGCUGGUCGGAGAGAAUUCUAUGCGUUGUAUGUUCAGGAAGGGUUGGACUUAAGUAGUAAUAAUAGGAAGAAAAAGGAUAAGAAGGGGUUUGAGAAAAUCUUGAAGAUGGCAGACAGAAUCGGACUAAGCACAAACGAGCUGUCCAAGCAUGAUCUCAACAUGGUUGUCGAUAAUAGGCCUCAUCAGGGUUUGGUUCUCGAUGCGUCUCCCUUGGAAAUGGUUGGUAUAAAGGAGUUGGAUGCGGUCUCUACAGAGGGAGAGAAGGGCCCUCUUUGGUUGGCAUUGGAUGAAGUUACUGACCCUCAGAAUCUUGGGGCAAUCAUCCGCUCUGCUUACUUUUUUGGAGCUGCUGGAGUGGUGUUGUGUGCUAAGAACUCGGCUCCUUUGAGUGGUGUUGUGAGCAAAGCCAGUGCUGGUUCGCUUGAACUAAUGGAACUUAGAUCUUGUAGGAAUAUGAUGCAGUUCUUGACAUCCUCAGCUGGAAACGGUUGGCGGGUUCUUGGAGGUGCAGUUUCUCAAAGAGCUAUUCCUUUGGAUGAAGUUGUUCCUGGUGCACCAACGAUACUCGUUCUAGGAAGUGAGGGAACUGGUUUGAGGCCAUUGGUGGAAAGAUCGUGCACUCAGUUAAUUAGGAUUCCUGGAAAUUUACCAGUUGAUCUGAUGCCGACAGGAGAUGAGGAUGUGGAAAAUGCUGAGAGUCCUCAAGAAUUGACCUCCUUCUUGGCAGUGGAAAGCUUGAAUGUAAGUGUUGCAGCUGGUGUUCUGCUCAAUCACCUAACAGGAAGCGGCUACAACAGUCAUACAUGCGAAAGCAAUUUAUCAUAAUCGAAUGAGAUGUUCCAGUAAUCAAUUGAGCUUGGGUCUGGUUUGAGGUUAGAUAAAUGUAUGCUGAUCGUCCAACACAGUAUUCCUUUUUCUCUCCAGAUAGAGGCCAAAAAUAUGUUAAUCUGGCUAUUAUUAUGAUAGCAUGUUACUUUUAAAAAUUUUGUUGCUGUUUUCAUGUGACAAAAGUGUUUUGCUGAUUUUCUGCAUCAUUCUAGUGAAUCACUAUUAUGAGA